AUGUAUCAGAACUCAAGGCGUCUACCGCCACUAGCAAUUGACUAUGGUAACACCCACUGUCGGUGUGCCAUCUAUGAUCCCAUCACUGAGGAAGUAACUAUAUUUACGGAUUCCAGUGUCAGUGAAUAUCCAUGUAGGUGCAUUCAUAGUUAUGUUGCCUUCAAUACCGAUCCGCCUCUUGUUGGGAAUUUAGCUCACGCGGAGGUAAUAAGGGAUCCGAAAAACGGUGUUUGUUCGAUAAAACGCCUUCUUGGCAGACGUCCAUCCGAUGUGGCAAGACUUACUGGUGGGCUUUGCUGUCAAUUCAGCGCUUGCUCUAACGGGAGGAGUGAAUAUUUGAAGUGCCAUGACAACCAGUACCUAAUUGAGGAGAUUGCUGCAAUGCUAUUGAGUCGGCUGCGUGAGAUGGCCGAAGAAAGGAUGGAGCGUCGUGUGGACACGACAUUUAUCACAGUGCCUGCCUUCUUCAACGAUGCUCAACGAGAAGCCAUUGUAAAUGCUGCUGAGAUCGCAGGCUUUUACAAAGUGCAUCUCCUUAAUGAGACUACAGCAGCAUCGAUUGCCUACGCCACUUGCAAUGCUGCACCUAUGAAAGACCCUAAGAACGUGGUGUUCUAUGAUCUGGGAGGAGGUCAUGUGAGUGCCUUGCUUUGUCGAAUUACUUCCACACAAUGUAGAGUGCUUGCAACUGCUGGAACCAUAGCCAUGGGUGGUGAUAACUUCGACGAACGCAUAGCAACAAAAUUGGCCGAGGAGUUUGCAAGGUCACGUGGUAUCGAUGUGAGAGAAAAUAAGCAAGACUUCAUGCGUCUUCGAAAUGCGUGUAAACGCGCAAAACACAUUCUUAGUUAUGAACAGAGUGCCACAAUUAAGAUCACAGGCUUGGGCUCUUCUCUUACUUUCUCCAGAUCUCUUGCGCGGACCGAGUUGACGUCAAUUUGUUGGGAUCUUUUUGAAAGCGCCGUGAAGCCCGUUUCAGAAGUGUUAGAAAUUGCAAACCUCUCUACGAAUGAUGUGGACGAUGUAGUGAUUCUUGGUGGGGCUUCUCGCAUGCCUCAACUUCAAGUUCUCUUACGAAAUAUCUUCCACCAGAGGAAGCUAAAUAAAGCCUUGCAUAGUGAGGAGGCGGUUGUUGUAGGCGCAGCGAUCUACGCUGCUCAAAUGGCUAAAUUAUCUUCAAGCUUUUUAAAAGUUUGCGAUGUCUUACCUCACGCUAUCAGCAUGGAGCAGUCAAAAGGCAUUUGCCAUACUCUUAUAGGUCCUAACACACCUAUUCCCUGCGUUGUUCGUGUUGUGCUACACAAGUCUCCGGCCUCUCUUGAAUCACAUCUGGAGGUCCGGCUGUAUGAAGGUGAACGUGCAUUGGCAUCCGAUAACCGGUACCUCGGAAGCUUUAAAGUCUCUAAAUUCCAACCCCUCUUAAGCACUGCAACAGUUGAGUUGAUUUUAACACCAAGUGGAAUUCUCAAGGUGAAACAGUUAGAUGAGCUUUUAGAUGUGGAGAAAACGGGUCUAAGUGCUUCAAUGAAAAGCACUGUAAAGAAGCGGUUCACCAAUAAGGUAGGGGGUAAGGGAGGCGUGAUGAUGAUGAAAGAGCGACGUAGAUAUUUGGAAAAGCUUGUCUGCAAUCUACGAUUGACUACACAGACACCAGACGUGCAUCUGAAUGGGGAGGAGCGAGACUACAUUUACAGCUACGCCGCCUUCCUCUUCACUUGGCUCGCUAAGCACCAACGAACCACAUUGACUGAAGUGGAGAACAAAAUUAGGGAGGUGACAGAGAUGACUAGCCUUGUUACCAGCAACUUUAGACCGUCACAAUUAUGGUCACCAAUCUCGCCAAGGCAGAACUAA